GAGCAGGGUGUGGCGGACGGCACUGAGAUCAACAGAACACCAGUUAGUCGGGUCGGAGGCUCGGGUAGUGAAGGUUCGCCACGUGCUCUGUGAUCGCUCUCGUUCCCGCACCCGCAGUCUCGACGUCGCCGCCGCCAGCAGCGCCUCUUGUACAUACUCCGUGUGCAUACCUGUGUCCAUGUGCAUUACGUUCUGUACUUCGGAGGAGAAUUUUACUUCUCCAUGCUCGCCUCACUUCGACUUGGAGCGCUUAGUUGUAUAGCGGAUGUAGAGCAUCUCAAGAACUCUGUUGAAUUGGUGAGGAAAUCCAAAGUGUGAUAUCAGAAUUCCGUUCGAGCUCUCGAGCAGUUCCGAAGGACAGACUUGACUUCAGAUUCCCGUGUAAACAAAUUCCAAAUUGACGAAUGUUGGACCAUCGCUGAAACCAAUGAAAGGCAAAUACUUGACACCUCCUUUGUGCCCGAAGGGAGUUUCACUUAGACGCUGAAACGAAAAUAAGAGGUGACCAGAAUGCAGGCCGCCCUUGCAGGAGCAUGGGCCAACUGAACCCCGAAGCAGUACUUGUAGAAAAUGUAGCUGUUGCGGUGGAAGUCUUCUCCUCGUCGCCUGUGCCACUGCCAUCGCCUAGCCCGUGCCAGUACGCACGAGCUGUAAUUUGCAUACGGUCAUCGACGGAAAAAAAAACAUUGACGAAUUUCUGAUGUACUUGUGACGAAGAAAAAAAACUAAUAGCCCGAUUAUUAGUAUCAGUGAUGCAAAUGGAACUAUUUAUUCUGCGUCCGCUUUAGUUCACGGUGAAGUUACCAAAGCCACGUGUGACGGUGUUGUGAAGGACCAGCAUGUUCGAAAGAUCUGCAGUCUUUGAGUGAAGUUCUAUCUCGGUGGCAUUGUGAGCAGUGCCCGAGUGCCUGUGCUGGAGACGCCACCAGUUUCAAGUGUCUGUCGUUGUGCCCACCAAUGAAUCCCAGACACUUUCCAUUAGGAGUGCCACCAACUCUUCUUGAGGCCGCCGACAGCCUCCGGGGCGCCGCCUGAUGUUGGUGCCUCGGGCCGCUCCAACCUGCGCCAUGCCUGCUGCUUCGCCCUCCCGCCCCACCCCCGCCGCCCCCAGGCCCUUCACGCCCGCCCCGGGGUACGCCCAGUACCACAUGGCAGUGGUACAUGCGUCGCAUAUGCCCACUGGGUAUGGCAGCCGACCUUCGCUCCCCAGCCCGCGGUACCUCGGAGUGCCACCUGGCAACCACCUGGCAGCGGCACUCACUCAGCCGUCGCCCCCAGGGCUGCCCAGGUCACGCUCGCCGCGCCCUUCCCUCCAAUACGAGGCUGUGCAACCCCCGGCGAGAGUCAUGCCGCCCGCAUUUCGCCCUGUGGGCAUCCACGGCGCCCUCAGCUCGCCCAAGCAAGCGUCCGUUUGCCCCGAGGCCCGAGGCUCGUACCCGGCGCCCGAGCUCCCUGAGAGCCACCCCGUGCAGUGGCCCUCCGACGCCCCCCUGCCCGGCUCCGACAUGCCCUUCGACCUCUCCACGCACAACCGGGAGCCCCGCAUGUCGCCAGCCUCCAGGCCCCUUGACCUCUCGGAGUCGGAGCAGCCGCUCGACCUCCGGGUGAAGAAGAGGCACCAGGAGGAGGACGAGAAUAUGAACAUCGUCGUGCGUCGGACGCCGCCCACGCCGCCCCGACGGCCCGUCUCACCCAAGUACGUGAGUGCGAGCCACGGGUUCCGCUCGCCGCACCAGCACGAGGCGCCGCCCGCGCCCGUGGAGAGCGAGCACAAGACCAGCAGCCUCCCGCUGGUGCAUGUGACCAGCCCGGUCAGCACGCGCACCCCACCCGUGGUGUAUCCCCAACCAGUCCAUCAGCCCGUGCACCACCCCGUGCACCACAGUGUGCACCAGAGUGUACAUCAGACUGUGCACCAGCCUGUUCCAGUGUACACUGAAUGUCGACCUCUACCUCCGGCUUCGUCUGUCAGGCCGCCUUACCCCAUGAUGGGUCUUCCUCACAACGCCUACCACCUGGGCCCGCCCGCCGGCUCCCCGCAAAUGGUGGCCGGGUACAGAGGGCCUCCGCCCGGACCGCAGGGUCAUCCUGCCCUCUACCAGGUCGUCGGAGACCGCAUGCCGAAGGGCGUGACCCCGCACACGGAGCCCCAUGGGCCGUCCCCAGUCCUGCCAGGGAUGUCAACCGCGAAGCCGCGCGAGCGCUACGCGUGCAAGUUCUGCGGCAAGGUGUUCCCGCGCUCGGCCAACCUGACGCGGCACCUGCGCACGCACACGGGCGAGCAGCCGUACAAGUGCAAGUUCUGCGAGCGCUCGUUCAGCAUCUCGUCCAACCUGCAGCGCCACGUCCGCAACAUCCACAACAAGGAGAAGCCGUACAAGUGCCGCCUCUGCGACCGCGCCUUCGGCCAGCAGACCAACCUGGAUCGCCACAUGAAGAAGCACGACUCCGACGGCCCCACGAUCCUCGAUGGCAGCCCCAAGCGGUACACGUCGCGGCCGCGGGAGGAGGCGACGACGACAGUCUCCGAGGAGAAGGAUUCCUGCGACCUCAGCGGGUCCUUGGAGAGCCGCAGUGACAUGAUUGGCCCCGAGGAAGACGACGAAGAGGACGAAUACAUUGAUGUCGAGGAAGAGGACGAGGACGACGAUGAGGAGGACCUCGGAGAGAAGGAGAGAGAAAAAAUAUCCUGUGCCGUGACCAUAAAGUCCUCGGCGACUCCCAUGGAAGUCGACGGCGCCGAGGCCAUGGUGCAGCCCGUGGCCGUCAUCACAGCGUGAUUCUUUUCUUCUUCUAGUGCAUCCUAAAAGUGUCCUCAGAAAAGUAUCAAAGUCUCGAGUGUAGGACAGGGAUCACUGUUAAGAUGAACGUUUAGUCACGGGCAGUUGACCAGAAACGUUUGGUCCUUGAGACAUUAUCUGUACCAAAACACCAAGUGAUGCCAUUGCGGAGACCAUAUCUUAGCAGUGAGAAUUGUUUCCUAUCGAAUGACAUACAUAAUGACUACCUAAAGUUCAAUCUUCUCGUUCGAUGAGAGUUGGUUGAACGUGGUUGUGAACACGGAAGAAGGAAAAGCAAAGACAAUUCAGGAAGUGUCUCACUCUCUGUCUUCGAACUUCUUAUUUAAGCCUUAAACUCUUCCUGCUGGAAUUGAUUUCUUGUACAAAUUUCCGACCAACUCACGCGUAUGGGUAACAGAGUGCAACAUACCUUAGUCCGGCCAACUUGAGAAAUGAAGGUUCCUUGUGAAUUGUUAUAUAUUUUAGGUAUAUAUACUUGAAGCCAAUGUGCUCACAGACAUUGAGAGAGAGAGGAAGUAUCUGUAAUUUUUAAGUAGCCCACUGUAGUACAACUAGCCUAAGUGCAUCGCCGUAGUCAAACACCAACUAUAGGUUCACGCUUAAAUAUGUCUCCUUCACCCUUUUCCUCGUCAGUCCCAUCCUUUAUUAUCUUUUCCUACCCUGAAAAUCCACGUUACGACGUUUCAAAGCCAGAUGUUAUAAAGAAAAACUCUGCUCCCUUGAAACCCCUUCGUUGGAAAACAGCUCCCCAGGGCCAUCUGGAAACUCGUCGCCCAAACACUGCAGAGGGAAUCCCAGCCUCUGCCCUGAAUACCCUGCUUCCCACCCUGUCUCCCUUACGUGCCUUGUUACAGCUAGAGCAACAGCAACGGGUCUUCAAGAUGAUCAGGGACAUGGUCUCGGCCGCUCUGAGGACGUCUGGUCGUCAGGUUGCCCCGACUGCGACUGCCAUGACUGAGAUGCUAAAACCUCGUUCUUUAGGCUUUAAUUUGUCAUCCGUCGGAGAUCUGUGCAACUUUCUGCAAUAUUUGUAAUGAUUUCCAAAAGACCCCGUCUAUACGCCCUUUCUCUCUAUCUCUCUCUCUGUAUCUAUAUCUAUCUACCUAUGUAUAUUUUUAUAUUUAUCUUUUUAUAUGUCUACUUGUCUGCCAAUCUAAUCAUCUGUCUAUCUAUAUCUAUUUAUCUAUUUAUCUACCUAUCCAUAUUUGUCUCGAUCUAUCUCCUGUCCCUCUCACAUAACAUUCGCCUGGAGUUCUAACUGACAUUUAAAUGAGCAUAGUUAUAUAUCCUAUCUUGAUAUGAUCAACGUUGUUGUCUAUAUAUGUUUGAAGCUGCCAUUUAAAUAUGUCAGAUUAUUUUCUCGAGAUCUGAACGACCGUAGUGUAUAAUUGUUUCCGAUGUUUUUCAUCAUCUUCCCAGUCUAAUUCAACUUUCCUUUCUCCUUCGCUCACUCCUUGGACGUAAAUGACGAGACGCAUGGCUUCGUGGUAAAUUCUGUUGCCAUCUAAAUUCGUAGAUAUUAAACUUAUCUCCAUAUCGUAAAACUGACUUCUGAAAGAUGUGGCACAGUCACCUCGAAACUAUCAUCUGCCACGAGAUACAAAAGUGAGGUAUCCAUACUAGUGUCAUAAUAUUUCGUGUAUUAGUGGAUGCCACAUCUUAAGACCUACCAUACCCUUAUAUUACACGUCUCUCUAGCACUCCAAGUCAAAAUACUCCCAAGGAACAAGAGCUUCGAUACUGAAAUUCGAAUUUCGCCCCCCUCAGAAUGUGAAUAUACUUGUCACAUAUACAUAGAUGACUAUACAAAUGAAGAUAUACAUAUAUUUACAUAUAGGUCAGUACAAGCAUGAUAUAGUCGCAGCCGAUGUGUCAUAUAUAGACGAUAUAUUUUCCUCUCGUGAGUUAGAAUGUAUAAUGAUUCUGUAAUCUUGUAUAAGCCUCAAACUGUAUUAGAGAGGCCUCGCUAGUCACAGGCGAUCGCAUGGUGCUAAAAUGAGAUUUAAAAUUUAUGAUAUAUUAAAGACCUUUUAUGAAAUUAUUCUUACUGUAGAUAUAAGAGAAAACACAAUUUGUUAGUUUUGGAAAUAAAUAUGACA